AUGGACUUCCUCUCUAUCAUCGCCGAGGCCAAGGGCGAGAAAGCCCCCGUCAAGAAGGCUACUCUCAAGUUCAAGACAGCGCCUGCGCCAAAGCACAAGACCGCGAAGGCUACAUCAACUGCGUCACUGGCGUCCAAAGGCGCAAAGCGCUCUCCUACCAAACACUCUUCUCCUGUCGCCAAUGCGCUCACCCCUUGUUCGCCGAAGCCUGCGCGAAAGCGAGAGACUUUGAGGCGUACAUCGACUGCGUCACCAGCGUUUAGAGUCGAGAAGCGCACUGUUGCCAAACACUCCACCCCUAUCGCCAAAGCGCUCAGCCGUCGCCUGCCGACUCCUGUGCAGAGUAGCCCUGGUCCAGAGGAAGCUUCACCGCGUCGUCCCCUGCCCAAACCAGCUACUAUCGUUCGUGAUGCCAACCACUCUGCAAAGUCCGUUGAUGACACCAUCGCUGAGUUGUUAGCUCCACAUCCCCUGGCUGUCAGACAAGCUGCUGAGCGUGACGCUGGUGAGAAGGCUGCCCAAAAACUGGCUCGUCAAGAGCGUCGUCAAGCACCUCGUCGUCGCCAGCCUGCUGUGUCGAAGGCUGUUGAACAAAAGACUUCUCGCCAUCAACAGCAACAAGUUCUCGAGCCUCCCAAGCCUUUUGCGCGCAAGGAAGAGAGGCGACCAAAGCGACAGAGCAAGGCCUCGUACGAGAACAUGAGCGAACGUAACCUCCUGAACGAGGCGCAGUUCCGUACGCUUGAGCUGGAUUUCGACCACAAGAAGUACCUCGUCGAAGUACUGGUCAUCAAUGACAAGGCAUACUUCGAAUUGAUGGAGAUGCUUGGCGAUCCUCUUGAAGCUGUGGAGUUCGCCCUGGGCGAAGUCAAGCAGCACAACAAGGAGAUGAGACAGGAGCGAGCAGCAGCAGCGAAAGCGGCAGCGGAGAGGACCAAACGCGAACGAAAAGAAGCGCUUAAAGUACGACAGCAAGCUAAGCGCGAGGCCCAGGAGAAGAAGCGACAAGAAGAACGUGAGAAGACUGUCAAACUGGCUUCGAAGAAGAGGAAAGCGGAGGAGAAGGUCAAGGAGAAGAAGCACCCUGUUGAGGCCCCAAAGCAAGAGCGGAAGCGGAAGAUUGACCAGGGUGCUGACGACUCUGGUUACCUCAGCAAGUCCUCAUCCCCUCCUGGAACCGGCAAGAACGAUGAUGAGGCUUCACUCAAAGGCAAAAAGCGUGCGCGCGCCAACGACGACGAUGACGAAGACAAGACGCCUACCAAGAAGGCUAAGUCCUCGAAACCUCCUCAACCUCCUGUGGCGUCUCGCACGAUCAAGCCCAAGCGCAAACCAGCAGCCCUUCCACGAGCAAUGCAGGCUGGCGCCAACAAGACAUCAUCAGGGAAAGACAAAGAUGUUGAGAUGAGCGAUCAGGUCGACUCAGAUGUCGUUGUACCUGCAAAGCCAGUGAAGAAGACGACCAAGAAGACGACGCGGGUUGAUGCACGUAACACCGACCCUCCGCAGGUAAGCAAGCGGCGCACACGUAGCACUUGCGUUGUGAAGAAUGAGGAGGACGAGGACAUGGAGGACACCGACGAGGAUGCUGAAGAUGACGACGCCUUCGUUGUGGAUGACGGCUAUAAGUCUACGCGCAAGUCUAGGCCUAAAGCUAAAGAGGUGCAAAAGUUCUUUUCUGGGAUGCGAUAG